UCCGUCUCUGUGUGAAAGUGACCUGUGUGGUGGAUCCGUCUUCUUGAGCUAAUUAAAGACCCCCCCUAUUAGCUGCGGUAAUUCCCGAUGAUGGCCAACAAGCGAUAACAAUAAGCGAUCAGAAGUUUGAGGAAGCGUUCUUUUCCGCUCUCUCGUGCGAUUACGGAUUUUUUUUUUGACAGCUAGAAGUGCAGAACAAAUCAACGAACGGAGAGAUAUUUUACGUUCUCGUUGGUGGUGUGAGGUGUUUUUUUUUAUUUGUGCUCAGUGUGUAUGGUUUUUCAGAAUGGUGGAAAACUCUGACAGCCAACGAGAGCUGAAUGAAGUUUGAAAUUGAAGGUUAAAUCCAUUGUUUUUGUGACAACAAAACAAAACAACAACAAAAGAAUGUGAAUAAUUUUAUGCAGUUUUAAGUGCUAAUCAAAACAUAUCCGCUUGUAAUGAAAAAAGUGUGUGAUUAAGGUGGCACAAUCGAAUUAAUGACAGCUUUGUGCAAAAACGAGCGAAAAAUUGAAAUUACGGUCAUUUCUUGAUUACUACCACCAUCACCAUUCGACGGAAUACGACGAAAAAGGUGAUUUGUAUUGGAGGAAAGAAACGAAAGAGCGAAGAAGCUGAAAUUGAUUUUGCGUUCCCGAAGGAAGGAUUGUACAAGAAAUUCCUCUUGACCAAUCUCAUUUUUCUCCUUUCUUUCUACGAAGACGACGACGACGACGAGAGUGUGUCGCUGUGUUUUUUUUCUGAACAGUGUUGGUGAAUCGAAGCAACCCAACUCCAAGGUUCGUCGCUACGCCUUGAAGACAAAUUCUUCUUUCAAUACACACAAAAACAAAAAGUAGGCGACGUCUCGGUUGAGUGACCUAGCUCCGAAAUUGAUUGACCCCAAAAGGGCCUACUUUGUUGUUGUCGAGUGUUGGAAAAGCCAUCGAGUGAAACUAGUAAGUGACGCGAUUUCGCGAGAAAAACAACUCCAACGAGGGGUGACCUAAUCGGCGGAGAGGUGAGCAAACCGAAGAGAAUUGGAACUUCCAAGAAAGAGGCCCCCGUGGGUGGUAACGUUCUUACUGGAAGACAGUGCCUGGUACACGUACACACAAGAAUACAGAAUAAAAAGAAAAGUAUAUGCGCUAGCCGCUCUCAAUCGGUGACGGUGUGAAGUCGACGAAGAAAACCGGAAUCGGUGAAGGAAGAAAUUGGACGCCGUUCUGCUCCGUCAUUGCGCUGCGGUUCUUGUGCGGCAGAGUUGUUGGAAUACAUCGAAAACUGAUCUGAUGAAUUUUCUCCAGCCGGAAAAUACAUAGUGGAUUAACUGCAGGGUUUUUGGCGAGUGAAACAGUAUUUGGCGAACGCUACUAAAUCGUAGCCAGAGGAAGACGAAACAAGCACCAACAUCUUGAAGAACCCGGCACGAAUGUUAUGGAACUGCGCACGAUGACCACCCCGAAGCAACAGCGCGAGGAUCGACGGUACUCGGUACCUCACGGAAUGCACGGGCUACCUCCCGGCGCAGCGGACGAUCUUCACGCGUGGUCCAUUUAUAGACAAAAUCUCAACUCAGACUUUGCCGACUCAGCACUCGGCUCGUCGGACAAAUCCCCACAACCGUACAGCCCACAGCACCGCAAUGGCUACCGGGACGAUCAAGCCAUCUCCAACCACCCACGCUACGGAGGACCCAAGGCCAACCCGCUGAACUCCAACAUGUACACCUACCUCAAGUUCGGCCUACCGCGAGUAUUUCCACCAAACGGCGGAGGAGGUGGUGGAGGAGGCGGAAGAGGCGACGGUGGAGGCCGUGGUCGCAACUCAUCCAAGGCAAAUGGCCGAGGUCGCGUGAACCGAGGCUACCGGGACAGUACUGGCCCUGGUCCCGGCUCGUCCGGAUACGACAGCAGCGAUAACGAAACCCACCGCGGUAGAGUGCCAGCUAAUUUAAGAAAAUAUCGUAGUGAAUCGGAUUUCCGUGCAAUUGGAGUGACUCCCACCUCGCGGCCAAACUCGCGAGCCCAGGGCAUCCCCCUGGCAGCACUAAAGCAGGCCAACAGCCGUGCCAGCAUAGCUGGUACCCAUGUGUACAACCCCUACGCCACCAACCAGCGACAUCACAAUCUACGGUCACAAAGCGAAGCGGACCUACUUGCCGAGUGGGACUACGACGAAUCGCCGGUCUACGGCGAAACCCGACUUUAUCCGGAGGAAAUCUAUAACACACAGAGUCGGAGGCAUUCGAUAGCAGGUUUGGUGUAUCCGAACAUUCAGGUUCACUGUUUGGACGUUCUACCCGGGAUGCGAGGAGUUUCGCUUCAAGCUAAGGCAGGGGACCUGUUUGCCAUCAUGGCGACUUCACAGCGAGAGGGAACGGCUCUGGUGGAAGCCUUGGCUGGUGUGCGGCAACGUUUGAGCGGAGAAAUACUGGUCAACGGUCAACAGGUGAACCGACGCAUCCUGAGACAACUGUGCGGUUACGUACCGGCCUUGGACAGAGCUCCCCUUGAUCCCAGGAUGAGCGUCCAGAGUACCCUAUCGUUCCACGCCGCACUCCGUGGACCGUACGACCGCAGUGACCUCAAGGAACGCGUCGAUAUCCUCGUGGAAGACCUCGGUCUAACUGCCGUCCGCUCAGCCAACGUGUCCCGUUUGACUCAUUCGGAAAAACAAAGACUGAAUGUGGCCUGCCAACUGCUAACGCAAUCCUCGAUACUGCUGCUGGAUCAAACCACGGUCAAUAUGGACAUCUUCGAUACAUUCUUCCUCGUAGAAUACCUCCGUCAGUGGUGCAGUGCCGGCCGGAUGGUCAUCAUGACCCUGCAACCACCAACAUUCGAGAUUCUGUCCAUGUGUUCCGGAGUGCUUCUACUGUCCGGUGGUCGAACCGUAUACUCAGGAAGCCGAGCGGAUCUACCACGACACAUGGGUCAGCUGGGCUACCCUUGCCCUCCGUUUAAAAAUCCCGCCGACUACUAUCUGGACUUGGUAACACUGGAUGAUCUGUCGGCUGCAGCCCUGCUCGAAUCCUCGGCGAGGAUUGAAUCGCUGGCCAACUCAUGGGAUCACGUCAACUCAGAACCACCGCUCGCAGCACCCGUUGCCAAUCUGCCAGAACCGACCAGGAGCGCUGGAUUCUUUGGACAAAUUCACGCCCUGGCUAAGAGGUACAUAUCCUACAAGCAACCGGGCUCGCUACUGAACUGGAUCAGCCGACUCAUCCUAGCUGCCGUUCUAUCGCUUUUCGUCGGAUGCAUCUUCUGGGACGUCCCAGCAUCCGAUCCUCAGUUGAAUCUCAACGAUCGAUUAGGUUUCCUCCACUGCAUCCUAAUGGUCACUCUGUGGCCAUUGCUGAUCCUGCAAAUCCGUGACGUCCAGGAGGAUCGACUGUACGCGGAAAAAGACCUCCGACUAAGUUUGUACGGAAGAUUUCUCUACAUCAUCAUCCAGACGACGCUCAGCGUCCUGCCGAGCCUCUGCAUAUGGCUGGCCUAUCUGCUUCCGGCGCACAGCAUGGCCGGCCUGUACGCAUCCCCAAGUAACAACGAUACCAUCAUCUACGUUUACAUGGGUUACCUGUUACUCUACCUAAUGGCCAUACAAACGAUAGUGCUAUUCGUCGCCCAUCUGGUGUCGUGCAGCAUUUCCGGAACGAUCCUAACCACGCUGGUGCUCCUGCUCCUGUCCGCCGUCGGAGGCUACGCUGUCCACCCUCGGAACAUCCCCGACUACCUGAAAUGGGGCGAGAUUGUUUCCCCGGAGAAGUGGAUCCUACCGCUACUGACCGAGCAGGAGUACAGCGUAGAAACGAUCACAAUGCAAACCAGCCAGCAGAUGUGCCGGAACAAACAAGUUCAACACCAGGAGAUCAUCGUCCAGCAGCCCUGCCCACCACCGAACGGAACGGCCGUGCUGGUCGAUCAUCUGCUUCUGCCCCAGGAUCACGUCCUGGAUCCAACCGACAUGUACUCAUCGACGGUGCUCGGUCUCCUUCUGACCUGUAUCAUCUUCUUCGCCCUGAGCAUGUUCGUUUUCCUGACCAACUGCCGAAGCAUCUGCCGAAGGCGCGUCGAUCGACGACAGAAGCGAAUUUAGGAACCGACACGGCCUAGCAAUACUUAAAGCAGAAGCAGCAACAACAACAACAACAAGUGUGUAACUUUCAAAUCGAGUUUUUAGUUGAUUUUUUUUUUAAUUUAAAUGAAAUUAUUAGACGGUACUAAUCUGUAGUUGUAAGACAAAAGCGACGGAUCGAUAAUGAAAAAAAAAAAAAUGAUAGCCAACUAUUUAAGAUUUUUAAUCGAUUGUUUUAGGGAAAAAGAUGAAGAAGAACGAAAGUGAGCAUUGUUUUCGUUUAGCGAUGUACAAUGGCUAAAGGCGAAGAAAACAAUUUACGAAACAAAAAAAAAACACAAGAGUUAAUUAGAGACGACGAAUAGACACGAGAUAUAUUUUUUAAAAGAAGAAAACCAUUAGCGGUAGAGCGCGCGACGUAAGGAACGAUGUCAAUGCGAGGAAGCAGAGUUGCAUCCCGUGCAUUUAGAAACAAUUGUGCUGAAUGCUCUUAGCUGAAUAAAGUUCAUUUAUUUUUAACAAAA